GUAUCUUGCAUUACAAAAAAAAAAACAAAACUAAACUGAAAAAAUAUGGCUACAUCAAUGUUUCAACUUGUUGCUCUUUUGUUCAUCUUCUCUCUCGUUAUUACUGCUCAAUCCACAGAAAAGGAGAUAAGAGACGGACCAUGCACGUUAAGAGGAACGUGCAUCAACGACCAGGACUGUGACACCCAUUGCCACAAAGACACCGACCCUACAGCCAUGAUCGGCCUCUGCCUCUUCGACAAACCUACCGGUCCUGUUUGUUGCUGCUUAUUUGAUUAAAUCAUCAUAUACAUCUUUGUUUCUUCUUCUUCAAAUCUCUAUUUUAUGAUCGAAUAUUUUCUUAAGUAACGAUGAUGUGAAGAAUAUUACGUCCCAAUUAU